AUGGCAGUGGCACAACCAGAACCUACAGAGAAAAACUCUGAGAAUUGGUUCCAGUCGGCUAACUUAGGGCUCAUCUUCCAUUGGGGUGUGUAUAGCGUUCCAGCAUUUGAUGAGUUGAGUGGUAUCGAAAUGCGUCGAAUUCAAAAUGGUAGCGAAUGGUAUUUACAAAGACUCAACAAGAGAUCUCGGGUAUCAAACGCCGACAUUGCGACAAAAGAGUACCACAAACAAAACUAUCCAAGUGAAACUUAUAAGGAUUUGGCUAUAAGAUUCACAGCUGAGCGAUUGAAUAUGGAAAGCUGGAUACAACUGGCUGUUAGUAUCGGUGCGACGUAUGUAAUAUUAACUUCAAAACAUCAUGAUGGCUUCUGCAUGUGGGAAACUAAAACAGCUCCUAACUGGAACUCGGUUGAUGUAGGUCCGAAGAUGGAUAUUGUCAAGGUUUUUGUCGAACUUGCUCAGAAAUAUAAUCUAAAAGUUGGUCUCUAUUAUUCUUGGAUGGAAUUUGGAAAAGGGUGUACAAAGACAUAUGUGGAUAACAUAGUUCAUCCUCAACUUCGCGAAUUGAUAGAAUAUAAAAUAGAUCUAAUAUGGUUUGACGGAGAUUGGAUUGCGGACAGCGGUGAGUGGAGAGUGAAGGAUAUCGUUACAGAGUUGAAGCAGAGCAAUCCCGGUCUCAUUAUUAAUGAUCGUCUUGGUAAGAAUCAUAGUAGUUCAAUAAAGCCAAAUUAUCGAAACUAUGGUGAUAGAUAUAUGUUGGAUGAAGUCGGGAAGGAGAGAUGGGAAUCUAUUCAUACAAUAGCCUACAGCUGGGGGAGAAAUAAACAACAGAGAAAAGAGCAUUACAAAACUGGCAAAGUACUCUAUGAUUUACUAGUUGAGGUAAAUAGUAAAAAUGGAAAUUUGUUGCUGAACUUGGGACCGGAUGCAGACGGAACACUGGACGAAGAAGAAGUAAAAGCUCUGAAAGACCUAAGCUACUUGCUGCAGAAGCAGAAGAGCGAGAUUUGA